ACCCGCUGUUCGCCAUUGUAUCGUGAUUGCUGUAAAGUUUCGUGUUAGUGAGUGAGAAUUGAUCCGGUUUACCAAGUUCUGGAAUCCUUUUGCACAUUGGAUUCUCUCCCGGAGGUAAGCGAACCUAACGAUCUUCAGAUUUUCCUGGAAUCUUUCAGUAUAUCAGUGCUUCUAAAUUGGCCCGUUUUUACGAACAAGCAAACUUUAAUAGCGAGGAGAACGACGCAGCUGCGAAAUAGGUGGUAACUCCGAAGGAUUCACUGCCGAUCCAUCCCGGAGGCUGCAGCAGCGAUCACCAUUAUCGGUAAGUCGCACAGUCGAUACCACAACUAACUUUCAAAGAAAUCUCUCAUGACAGGAAUAAUGAAGAGAGAAGCUGAUGCAGGCGCGAUGACAGGUUCCGGAGGACCAACAAGUCCUCACAAGCGUUACAGACAGGGUGACGAUGAACUUCGUCUUCUGAUCCCCAGCAAGGUAGCCGGUUCGAUAAUCGGCAAGGGUGGCCAGAAUAUCACCAAACUCAGGAGUCAGUACAAAGCCUCAAUCAUUGUACCCGAUUGCCCCGGACCCGAACGGGUGCUUACCAUCAGCUCGGAUCUGACCACCGUUCUUCAGGUGUUGAACGAGGUCGUACCUAAUCUCGAGGAGAAUGGAUCUCGACACGGCAGCGACGAGAUCGACGUGCGUAUGCUGGUGCACCAGAGCCAAGCUGGAUGCAUAAUCGGCAAAGGAGGCCUAAAGAUCAAGGAGCUCCGUGAGAAAACUGGAGCGAGGAUCAAGAUCUAUUCGCACUGCUGUCCCCACAGCACGGAUCGGCUGAUCAGCAUUUGCGGGAAACCGAACACGUGCAUCGAAUGCAUUCGCGAGCUGAUCGCCACCAUCAAGACCUCCCCGCUGAAGGGUGUGAACAACCCUUACGAUCCCCACAACUUCGAUGACUUCUACGCCGAGGAUUACGGUGGUUAUGGAAGCGGCGAGGGUGGUCAGGGCAAAGGUGGCGGAUUCGGCGGUGGUCCAGGGGUACGAGGCGGCGGCGGGGGCGGCGGUGGUGCACGCGGGGGCGUGGGAAUGAUACCCAGACGCGACCAUCGCAGCGACAUGAACCGACCUUUUGUUCUGUCGCCAAGAGGAGGACUUCCUGGUGAAGGCGGUGGAGGUGGCGGCGGCGGUGGCGGCGGAAUGUCCGGUGGUCCACCCAAUCGUGGCUACGGAGGCAAUCGUGGUAGCGGCGGCGGCGGCGGCGGGGGUGGCUACGAGGGCAAUCGAGGCGGUGGCUACGGUGGCAACAGGGGUGGCCCGCCGCCAUACGGUGGUGGAAACUAUAAUGGUGAUGGAUGGGGAAUGCAAGGAGGAGGCGGAGGCGGCGGUGGAGGAGGUGGAGGAGGAGGAGGCGGGGGUGGAGCACCGAAUGGUCUGGGUGGCGGAGGUGGCGGCGGCGGAGGUAACUCUGGAAUGAGUGGUCCGCCCAUGGGUGGCGGUAACAAUCAAGGCAACCAGGGCAACAUGGGUGGAAACAAGACCAGCACUCAAGUCACCAUUCCUAAAGACCUUGCUGGAGCCAUUAUCGGCAAGGGAGGCGCCAGAAUCCGUAAAAUCAGAUCGGACAGUGGUGCUGGAAUCACUAUAGACGAACCAUUGCCCGGUAGUAACGAUCGCAUCAUCACCAUUACCGGAAUGCCCAGUCAGAUACAAAUGGCCCAGUACCUGCUUCAACAAAGUAUGUUUGAUAUUGGCGUGGACAAGAUGACACUGAAACAAUUAACAAAUUCAUAAACAUUAAUCGACACAGCGUGCACGAGAAUGCAGACCAUUAUUAGGACGUGGUGAAGGAAGCAUUCGGGGGGAGCCAAAGAUGCGUUUGUAAUUUUUUUAGGGAUACUUCACAAACGGGCAAGCAUAUUCACGCGAGAAGCGGAAACUGGAAACUUGAUAAUUACGGACUUCAUCCGCAUAAAGGGAACCCACGCGCACGGAAACACACAAGUUUCUCCUUGUGCGUUGCCAGACGAACAAAGCCUCUCUCAGGAAGAAAAAACCUCGAUCGGUCAGACUCGACAAGGAGAGAAUUAUUAUAAUUUCCAUACGAUUCCACGGAUCCGCCUGCAAUGGAAAC